AUGUUCACAUUGUCUAAAAUCAGUGAAUUAGUAAGGAUCCCUCCAGAUCAAUUCCACAGGGAUACCAUUUCAUCUAUAACUCAUGAACUGAACAAUGCAUAUGCAAACAAAGUGAUCCCACACAUAGGGCUCUGCAUUACCGUUUAUGAUAUUUUAGAGGUGGAUGAAGGGCAACUGAGACCAGGCGAUGGUGCCUCGUACAUCAAUGUUACCUUUAGAGCGCUUGUGUUCAAACCGUUUGUUGGUGAAGUAAUCACAGGAUGGAUCUCGAAAUGUACAGCUGAAGGUAUUAAAGUAUCACUAUUAGGACUUUUCAACGAUAUUUUUAUACCACAAAAUAUGCUAUUUGAAGGCUGUUCUUACAGUCCUGAUGAAAACGCUUGGAUAUGGCCCAUGGAUGAAAGCAAUCAACUGUAUUUUGACGUUAAUGAAAAGAUAAGAUUCAGAGUGGAACAAGAGGUAUUCGUGGAUGUUAAACCAAAGAGUCCCAAAGAGAGGGAACAUGAGGAGCAAGAACGACAACAGGCAGAAGAAGCUGGUGUUGCAUAUAACGAGACUAAGAGCCCUGCCUAUGCACUAUUAGGUAGCUGUCAAACCGACGGGAUGGGUGUUGUUAGUUGGUGGGAAUGA